UGGAACGACCCCCGAGAUUGUUCAACACCAAACUGAGAUUUCUUUUCAUCUUUUGUGUUAAUUUGAUAACAAUUGGACUGUUUGAUAAUAAUUUCUAAUUGGUAUAAAUAUAAAACGAUAUGUAGCUUAGAUUAUAUCAUUUUGUGACAGCUGCAUUUAUGUCAACGCCCAGCGAGACAUGCAUUUCGUAAUUUAAGUGUUUUAGUGUUGUUGUUAGUACAAAACAAAGGGCGUGAUGUCGCACCCACGCUUCAGGGAGGCGGCUGAGUCGCUACUCAGCAGUGUUAGCCCUCAUCACAGGACACUAACGCACUCGCACUCCCUGAACCUGGUGUCUGACGACCUGGUGGCUGGUCACCGGCCCCAGGGCAAGAUGUCCACGGUGAGGAGGUUCUUCUGCCUCUUCGUGACCUUCGACCUUCUCUUCACUAGUCUUAUGUGGUUGAUAUGUGUUAUGAUGAGAGGCGAGACGCUCCGUCAGAUAAUGGACACGGAGAUAUUAUCCUACAACGUAAAGACGUCGCUGUUCGAUAUAGUGAUGGUGGCUGUCUGUCGGUUUGUCCUGCUGUUGCUGUUCUACGCUGUGCUGUAUAUUAAUAAUUGGAGUAUUAUUGCGUUGUCGACGGGGUGCACGUGUGCGUUAUUAAUAGCAAAAGUAUUCGUAUUUGAUUGGGUGAACGCAGUCCAACCGGUAUACGAAGUCUUCCUCAUAUUGACAUCGUUCACCCUGGCGUGGGGCGAGGCCUGGUUCCUGGACUUCAGGGUGCUGCCCCAAGAGCUGCAGGCCAAGCAGAUCCUCGAGUCGAUAGUCCACACUGGGGGUCCUUCUGAGCGUACCCCCCUGUUGGCCGCUCACGGGUCCGCGGGGGGCCAGUCCUACGCCGAGUCCACCGUCAAGUGGUUCUCGCCAGUCGAGACCCCCGAGUCCAGCCCCCGGCCCCGACGACCCGGGGAACAGGUUAUAUUGACGCAGGAACAGAUAGAUGAAUACAAAGCCCAAGCGCACGAGAGCAUGCUGCAAGCGUGGAGGAUAGUCAACCUCCAGAACUGGCACGUGGAGAAGAAGGGCUCCCACAAGGGGGACAUCGUGGAGUCCAGGAGGACGGAGCAAUUCGGGAAGGUGUACAGGUUUACUGGUGUAGUAGAAUGCCCGCCGAAGUUUUUAUACGAAGAAUUCAAAGACAAUAUCACAAGACUGCCCGAGUGGAACCCUACUAUAUUAAAAAGUGAAUUAAUUAAGGAAAUCAGCCCGGGUAUCGACCUAUCGUACCAGGUGACAGCUGGCGGAGGUCGCGGCAUCAUCGCGGCUCGCGACUUCGUGAUCCUCAGGCGCACGGCGCCGCUGUCGGCCGACGGGCAGGUCGUGGACCGCGAGCCCCACAGCUACAUCAGCAGCGGCGUCAGCGUCACCGUGCCCGGGUACCCGCCGCACAGGGAUAUGGUGAGAGGUCAAAAUAAGACUGGUUGCUGGUACCUAAAGCCGCGCUCAGUUCAGCUGCCGAGUGGCAAGAUAGAGACAUACACGACCUUCCAGUGGCUCAUGUGUUGUGACCUUAAAGGCAAAAUCCCUCAGUUCGUCCUAGACGCUGCGUUCGCGACUGUCAUGUUAGACUAUAUAGUGCACGUCAGGAAGUUCGUAGCUGAAGCCAGGGCUCAAGGACGGUUCUAACCAACCAAGAACCAUCAACCAUUAACUUCGGACCUGCAGCAGACAAACAAAACGGUGAUGAAGGCAACCAUGCAAUACGGGUCUUUAGCAACCAGUAUGCUGAUGGCAACCGUCAACCAUUGACUACAGACCUUUAGCAACCAAUGGCUACAAAAUAAUGCAAGUCUUAUGAAGUUAAAAAUCAUGUUGGUUAUGGUUAUUGGCAACCAAUCUCUAGAAGGAUAGACCUCACUGCAUAUUUUGUAGUUUUGGUUAUAUAAGUAUUUACAACAUUUUUUUAAUAUGUUGUCAACCAAUAACUACAAUUAUUAUAAUGGCAACCCAACUGUUGUAAAGCUACGGUUAGACGAAUAAUUUAAUUUUAGUUUUUUUUUUAAUAUAUAGCAACCAAUUACUAAAAUAUAUGUUAUAUACCUUUAAAACUAUGGUUUAAAAUGAACUACGUAUCUACUACCACGUGUUAAUGUAAUAUUAUAAUGGCUGUGGAAGCGUGACAGAGCUAUACACGUGUAGAUAGCUAUCUCUCUCACACCCAUUGUAAUAUUACUUUAAGACGUGAUUGGGUAGUACUUGGUUGCUAAGCAACCGUCUCGUUAUUAAUUGCAAUAGACACAUUGAGAAGCCUUAUCAAUGACUGAAUUAAACUAAAAACUUGUAAAUAAGAUAAAUAAACUCCUUUUAAUAUAUAAAUAAAUUACCAAUGACCUUGAUUUUAGAUUAAUAUUAUGUUUAUUUUGCCCAACUUUUUUAUGUAGCCCACUGUGGUCCACUGUUACGGUAUAUCCCCGGGUCUAUUAGCCCAGGGGCCCCGAGACCUCGGCAACAAAGGAGUGGGGGCCCCCUGGGUUCAAGUUAUUUUCAUUCAGUGAAAAUUUAUCGAGCUUUUUAGAUGCCUACUUUGGCCACAGUUGAGUGCUGGGCCCCUAGUCAUAGUGGUGGGCCCCUGGUCCUAGUGGGCCCCUAGGCACUGGCCUAAACUGCCUUAUGGAUAAUACGGCACUGCCUCCGCAUUAAUUUAACGUAUCAAUCGUUAUCUUGCUUUUUUAUACAGCCCACUAUGUCCACUGCUGGGCUAAUGUCCCCCCCCCCCAAAUUCUUCCACAAGUCUCUAUCCUGGGCCUCAUGGAACGAGUCUGCGCGGUAAGCGGCCUCCCGCUGUGAUGCCGUCCAUCCGCUGUCUCCCAUAGUGUGGUGACUUUGGCCCAGCGAUCACUGUCUAUGCUAAAGUGACCCCAUCCAUUUUAUUUUUGAAGUCUUUGCCGACGUAUUUAAUCCCAGUUUUGGAACGUGGGUUCAAGGCCUUGUGACUAACAAUUAACUGCUGUUUCCAAGUCAGUUAAUUGUUCCCCCUGAGACACACCGAACUUAAGUGUUUCGGUGGUUUUCGUUAGUUUCAUUGUAGAUCCUGGCUUACAGGAGUUGCAGUGACGGGCAUGUCUGGCAGGCUAAUGCUACAAUCUUUCCGCUAUUAUUAUAAAAACUAAUAUGUUGUCUGUUUGUUUAAUUGUUACUCCUAUUUUUAAACCUAUACCAUAAAUUAUUCAAAAUUUACCCAUAGUUAAAAAAAUAUGAGAACAUGAGUUUUUUGCGUCGAUUCAAAAAUCUUUAGAAUUAAAUGUUACACGUAAUAUUAAUCUAAAAUUCAUGAUUAAGUUACUAAUUAUUAAUCGUAAUUAUUAAUGACUCCUCAUACAAUUAGCAACAAUAGUACAAUCAAACGCAUAUAAGUAACAAUGAUUUCUGUAAACAAUUUUUACUAGUGAUGUUAUAUAACUCUGUAACCGAAUCUAUCGGAUAUGCCAGAAAAUAAAUUUUAUGUAAACGAAAUUUUGUAUAAAAGGCUCUGAUAAUUUCGGAUAAAUCCGAAGUAUAAAAGGAACAAUUUAUAACCAGUCUUGAAUUUUCACUUUUAUUUUGCUUAUCUUUAAAAAAAAUACUUAACCGAAACUAGUAAAUAAUUCGUAAUCAUUUAAAUGUAUCCGAAAUUGCAUAUACAUAACAUCACUAACAAAAAACAGUGUUGCUAUAUACGUUUGAUUGUAAUUACAAAAGCCAUUAUUUACCACAGAUAUAAGUUACAAAAAAAACUGCAUUUAUAAACCUUUAUAUACAAGUUAUUCAAGUGUAAAGUAUUUACAUCGUUGACUCACGAAAAGUAUAAAAAUUUGGCAUUUUAUUUAACACCUUUAUAAUAUUAAUAUCAUUACAAAAACAACACAAAUAGAUUCAAUCACUAAAAAAUGUCUAAAUUUUUUUGUUUAUUUUUAAGGUGUGGCAACACUCAUACAUAAUUAUGCUUAAAGUGUUGCCAUUAUUUUAUUUCCGUUUUCAUGACCCUCUCCAAUAUUUUUAUAUAAAAACACGGUUCUCAUAAAGCUUACAUUCUUCCAACGCUUAACCUUGGCAGACCUUGCUUAACUUACUACGCUGUAAUGACUUAAGUGGUACGAAUAUUCGACUUACACAGCAAGGUUCGAUUCCCGAUUCGGACAUCGCUUAGCUUACACCAAUAACUAAAACAUGACAAGUGAAUGAUUUGAAUCAACGACAAACACUGAAAUGCUACUUUAGUUUGACCGAUGUACCCUUUAAAGUGUCAGAGACAGAAUGUGACUUAAAGUAGUCUUAUGUCGCAGUAGCGUUUCAGUAUUGGGUCACGAGUGAUUGAGAAAAGUCAUUUAUAUACAAAAAUAGUUAAUCCUAAUUAUGUAUAAAUCAAUAUUUAAAAAUGUA